UCCGACAAUAGAAAUGCAUUGGGAAUCACCAAGGUGGCCUGGGUAUAAAACGUUCUUGAUUGAUCUAUCGUUCUCUGCUCAAAACUGAAGUGAAUAAAGAGUUAAAGAUUGUGUCACCUUGAACCUCUUCAUUUAAGUACUCUCCAGACUGAAUGCACCACUCUCGAAACUAAAGUGACGGGUGUGUGAGAGGAGGUGGGUGAUAGAGAGUCAUUUGCCCGGGCUUUCUAUGAAGUGAACAUUUGAAUAUCAAGAAAUUAAUGAGAUGUACGGACAAUUUUUUUAUAAACCUGCAGUUGUCAAUUGCUGAAGAAAAUAUGACAAUUUAAAAAACAAAAUUCCGCAAACUUUGGGCUCGGUAAAGACACGGUUACACUGAUCCAGAACGUUAUGAAACUGAAAUUGAACUACUUUGGGCAUAUCACGCGCCACGAUUCACUCGUUAAACAUAUUCUGGAAGCAAAAGUAGAAGGAAAGAGAGGAAGUGCGAGGCAUAACAGAACAGAAGAACAGUAGGCCUACAUAGAAACCUGGAUUGAAAACCAAAACGACACCGGCAGGCAGAAUGGCAAGAGACAGGGCAUUUUAUUGUAGACAAAGGUUCUAGAAGCAUCGCCUCCCUUCUGGAGAAGUUUAGAAGAUGAAGAAGAGACUUUGGACUGUUCGAUUUUUAUUCCUUGCCUUCACAAUUCGUAUGUGGACACGAACGAGCGCAGAGACGGUCAGCGCCCUCUAGACUGGUUGUCCUACGUGUCUCCGGCACGAGAUGAGGAGGAGCAGAACAUGGAGGCCUAUCUCAAGGACGGGGCUGUCUACUACAGAACCCUCCGCAUCGUCAAGUCCGGCGAGGAGCUUCUGGUGUGGUACAGCAAGGACUUCUCACAGAUACUGGGCGUCCCAGAACUACAGACCAACUGCAAGAGAGAUGACGAGCAGUUCAUCUGCAGCCACUGCGGAGAAAUGUUUGACUUCCCGUAUCCUCUCAGAGCCCACCUCAAGUACAAAUGUUCUUUCACCAUAGACAACAAUCCUCAUAGCAAACUGCCCAUCCAACUGCCCGCUCCGCAAAACUUGAUUGUAAAUCCGAAUUCGUUUUCAAUGGAGGAAUCAACAGAAAACUCACAACCGCCAAAUCUAAGUUACAGAACAAACAAUAACACUAUGUUUAAAAUUUCGUCGAAGAGACAGCACAGUGACUCUAUUGAUGCAGAGUUUGACUCUAAAGCAAAGAGGGUGAAAACAGAAGAUAACUUUAGCAGAGUCAAAAAGAGUAGUGCUAUUUCACAUUCCAUAGAGGAGCUCAGCAAAAGUUAUGUCAGCAAAAGUCCUGAGCAGACGACAAGGGAGAACGGCCUUGACACUCACACAGCCAAUGUCAGCGCUUUCAGAAAGGUUGAAAGGUCACAUAGCCCAGAGGCGAUGGAUCAUCGGCUUGGCUCUCCAAACAGCUGCCUGCCUGGUCUCAAACCGGUCAACCACUGUCUUCGAACACCUUCCCCUGGCCCGACAGUUGCUUCCAGCCCUACCUCCUCUACCACCCCAGGACCUCACACGCUUCCAGUACACGAGUCUCGACAGUCUUCUCCAAACGCCAGACUGUCUGCUUCUCCCAGCGACGAGCCGUCUACGUCAUCCAUGCCUCCCCCACCCCCUCGAGCACCCAUCAAGUCAAUGACAUCGGGACUUCCCACAUCUCGGGCAGAUUACCCUAUGGCCAACGCCUCCAUAAUGGGGCUCUACAUGCCCAGACUCCCCAUGUUACCGGCUUCCGCGCCUUUGGGAAUUCCCGGUGGUAGUAUGAUGAGAGCGGGAAGUUCCCUUGGUGGGGGAGUCCGACUACCUCACUCCGCCUUCUCCGACCAGAUCCCCGCAGGCCUGCUGGAGAUGUGUAGAGCUACCAUACCCACAGUCGGGCCGCUGACAGAGUCCUUUGUCGCCAACAUUAGAAACAGUAACGUUCACGAGACAUUGGCCAAACAAGCUCUGUUUGCUGACAGACAUAUUUCAAGCCUUGGUUUCCUCAAGAGCACCAACCCAAUGGUAGAGAAGUUAUUACAGAGCACCAACCCCACCCUCCUCUCCUCCCCCAUCAACGCUCUCAACCUAUCACAGAACUGGUGCGCCAAAUGCAACGCCACCUUUCGAAUGACUUCGGACCUCGUCUACCACAUGAG